AUGUCGUCGGCGAAAGCAGCUCUUGAACAACAUGAGCCUGUGAUACGGGCUUCCAGCUCUCAUGAUGCGCCAGCUCAUGCCGAUAACAGCACAGCUAAUGCGGCUCGGCUGGCAGAACUCGAGCGCAGCGUUUCUAUGCUUCAGAAUCGUGUCAAGGAGCUAGAAAAAGAUCGUUCAGUGGGAAGUGAAUUAACACAGGGUAGCACAGAUCGGCCAGAGACAUUGAUUCCUCCCUUGGCUCCACAUUUGAAUUCUUCGAAGCAAGAAACUAAACUGUUUGGAUCUACACAUUGGGCCCAUGUAUUUCAAGAAUUCCACCAUCUGCGAGGCAUCCGCGGCAUGGCCAUCCAUGAAGGUGGCCCCAGAAACGAAAUAAGCAAAUCACUCAAGGAGGCCCGGACGCUGAGAUGGAAAAUCAAAAUUUGGCAGAAGCCACACGUGUUAGAUCCAACUCCAGACCUCUUGGGUGAUCUACCACCAAGAGAAGUGUGCGACAAGCUCGUGCAAUCCUACCUUCGAACGAUGGAGUUGAUCUACAACGUGUUGCAUGUUCCAUCUUUCAAACAAGAAUAUGAGGCCUUUUGGUUAGACCCACAGUCUACCUCCAUGGGAUUUCUUAUCAAGCUUCUUUUGAUUAUGUCUAUUGGGGCUAUAUUCUAUUUCAAGCCGGGACCAGCCAAUGAGCUCCAUCUGCCGAUUCGGCGUUGGCUCCAUGCCGCGCAAUGGUGGCUCACUGGUCCUACAUCAAGAGAAAGCGCAACUAUUCGGGGCUUACAGGUACAUUGUCUGUUGCUCCUGUGUCGCCAGGCAUAUGCGAUAGAUAAAUGGGGGAACUGGAACUCUGCUGGUUCACUGUUGCGAUUAGCUAUCAGCCAAGGUUUCCACCGAGACCCAAAGAGCUUUACAAGGCUUUCUGCUUUUGAUGCUGAGAUGCGACGUCGCAUAUGGGCGACAAUCUUGGAACUGAAUGUGCAACUUUCCAUUGAUGCUGCUAUGCCACCUUUGAUCUCGGUCGAUGAUUAUGAUACAAAACCUCCAUCGAAUCUGGACGAUGAAGACUUUGAUGCUACAAGCGAGACACUGCGUUCUCCGAAGCCCAAAAGCCAGUAUACCGAUUCUUCAAUUCAGGUUGCUCUUAUGCAGUCCUUCUCAACGCGUCUAUGCAUUGCCAGAAUUAUCAAUGGGUGCAACCGUGAGCAGUCAUAUGAAGCAACCUUGGCCCUAGGAGCAGAGUUGACAGAAACCUCUAAAGAGACUGUAAUUCUCUUUCGCGGCUAUCUGGCUCAAGCUGCUGGGCGUGACAAUGGACCAACCCUAUUCCACCAUCGCCUCCUUGAUACGAUAAUUCACCGCUUCCUCCUCAAUCUCUAUCGCCCAUUCACAAUCAAAGCUCUCCAUGACCCACGAUUCUACCUCUCUCGAAAGCUCAGUAUUAACUCUGCUUUGGUAAUGACUUCGCAUGGAGAGAGCAGCACCAAUUCCGACAGCAAGUCGCAACAGUCAAAUCAAGACUUCUUCCGGCUUUGUCUUUCAGGCGCUGGCCUCUUCAAGGGAUAUCUUUCCGCAGAUGUCAUAGUAGUCAUUGGAUUAGAGCUCAUAACCCAGAUCGAGGAAGAGACCUCCCGCCAGCCCACGGUGCCUUCAGCAGUGACACUGGACGCUGUCAAUAAAAUGGCGCAAGCCGCUCGAGCUCCGCUCCUGCAGGCUCUCGAGCGCAUAUCAGAUCACCUGUAUCAAAGCAUGGCGGCGGGCAUCCCAAGCAUGAAACGAUAUUGUCUUCUGAGGGGUAUAAUCGCCCAGGUCAAAGCUGCUCAUCGUGAUGAGCAAAGCAUCCAGGCGGCAAUUCGUCAGGCAUUUAUUGACAGUGGUAUGGAUGGGUGGACACCUGACAGUGCUCUGGCGUCGAGCUUAAGUUCUGAUUUUAUGAUGCCGGAUCUUGGCUUUGAUACAUUGAGCUUCUGGGAUAUAACACCCAUUGACACCACGGGGUUCGAUGCAUCGACGUUGUUGAAGGACUAUGCAUGA